AGGGAGUGUAAGGGGCUGGCGAGCAAGUGGGCAGCUGCUGGGCUUCCUGGGCUUGCUGGGCUGGUGGGACUGAGCGGUCCAGGGACAGGCCCCUGCCUGGGCCAGAGAGGAGCCAGGAGCCAUGAGGGUGGCAGUGGGCAUGCUCUGGCUCUUGGCCCUUGGGUGGCCUCCCCAGGCCCGGGGCUCCUGCCCCUCUCACUGCAGCUGCAGCCUCCACAUCCUGGGUGAUGGCAGCAAGGCCAGGACGGUGGUGUGCAACGACCCCGACAUGACCCUGCCCCCCGCGUCCAUCCCCCCGGACACCUCCAGACUGCGCCUGGAGCGAACGGCCAUACGCAGGGUGCCUGCCGAGGCCUUCAGGCCCCUGGGCCGCCUGGAGCAGCUGUGGCUGCCUUACAACGCCCUCAGCGAGCUCAACGCCCUCAUGCUGCGGGGCCUGCGACGCCUGCGGGAGCUGCGGCUGCCCGGGAACCGCCUGGCCGCCUUCCCCUGGGCCGCGCUCAGGGACGCCCCCCAGCUGCGGCUGCUGGACCUGCAGGCCAAUCGCCUCUCGGCUGUGCCCCCUGAGGCCGCGCGCUUCCUGGAGAACCUCACCUUCCUGGACCUCUCCAGCAACCAGCUGCUGAGGCUCCCGCAGGAGCUGAUCGCCUCCUGGGCUCACCUGAAGACCGGUCUCUUCCCUCCCGGCCACCACCCCAGGCUGGUCCUAGGGCUACAGGACAACCCCUGGGUAUGUGACUGCCAGCUCUAUGACCUGGUCCAUCUUUUGGAUGGCUGGGCCCCAAACUUAGCCUUCAUUGAGACCGAAUUGAGAUGUGCCAGCCCACGCAGCCUGGCCAGAGUGGCCUUCAGCCAGCUUGAACUGAGAAAGUGCCAGGGCCCAGAGCUCCAUCCAGGAGUGGCCAGCAUCAGGUCCCCUUUGGGGGGCACAGCAUUGCUACGCUGUGGAGCUACUGGAGUCCCUGGGCCUGAGAUGAGCUGGAGGAGGGCCAAUGGCAGGCCCCUUAAUGGUACAGUGCACCAGGAAGUAUCCAGUGAUGGCACGAGCUGGACUCUGCUGGGCCUACCUGCAGUGUCCCACCUUGACUCUGGAGACUACAUCUGCCAAGCCAAGAACUUUCUGGGAGCCUCUGAGACUGUUAUCUCCCUGAUCGUCACUGAGCCGCAGACUUCCACAGAACACAGUGGGAACCCAGGGGCACUAUGGGCAAGGACAGGUGGAGCGGGGGAAGCUGCUGCUUACAACAACAAGCUGGUGGCCAGGCAUGUCCCCCAGAUUCCCCAACCCGCUGUCCUGGCCACUGGACCCUCUGUGCCCAGCACGAAGGAAGAACUGACCCUCCAGCACUUCCAGAUGGAUGUCCUGGGAGAGCUCUCUGAUGGGCGGGCAGGACCCUCAGAGGCACAAAUGGUGAGAUCUGUGAAGGUAGUGGGGGACACUUACCACAGUGUGUCCUUGGUGUGGAAGGCGCCCCAUGCGAAGAACACAACUGCCUUCAACGUCCUCUAUGCAGUCUUUGGGCAGCACAGCAUGCGGCGGGUGAUUGUGCAGCCUGGGGAGACCAGAGUGACCAUCACUGGGCUGUUGCCCAAGACCAAGUACGUGGCGUGUGUCUGCGUGCAGGGCCUGGUACCCCGGAAGGAGCAGUGUGUUAUCUUCUCCACGAAUGAAGUGGUGGAUGCGGAGAACACCCAGCAGCUCAUCAAUGUGGUGGUGAUUAGUGUGGCCGCCGUCAUUGCCCUGCCUCUCACACUGCUUGUCUGCUGCGGUGCUCUUCAGAGGCGCUGCCGCAAGUGCCGCACCAGGGACUCCACUGAGGCCACAGUUACCUACGUCAACCUGGAGAGACUGGGCCAUAGCGAGGAUGGCUCAGAGGAGCUGUCCCGGCACAGCCUCAGCGAGGCUGACAGGCUUCUCUCAGCUCGUUCCAGUGUGGACUUUCAGGCCUUUGGAGUCAGAGCCGGCAGGAUCAAUGAGUAUUUCUGCUGAGGGAUGUGCCUCCACCACUCACACACCUUCUCCGUCUGCUCUCCUUCUUUAACUCUGACACUUGACUACAUGAUCACCCACUCUUACCUGCUUGGGUACCUGCUUACUCAGACACCUGGGCACAACAGCAACAGCAGAAGCUAUUGCAACAACCGCUAACACUUGUUAAGCACUUACUACAUACCAGAAAGUGUUCUAAGUGCUAAAUUCUUAUAACAACCAUUUGCAGCAGGCACCACUAUUCUCUCCAUUUCCCUUGGGUGAGAGGUUAGGAAACUUGCCUGUAUCAGUCAGUUUUUGCUGCAUAACAAAUGAAAGCAAAAUCUCAGUGAUAUACAGCAGUGAACACUUAUUUUCACACUCACAGGUCUGUGGGUUGAUUAGGGUGGCUCUGCUCUGUGUGUUUCAUUUGGAGCCUGGGCUGGAGAGCAGCAGUGGGUACCUGGGGCAGGUUUCUCUCAUGGUGAGGUUGAAUGACAAUAGAGGAAUGAUUUUUCAUGCAAUGCCUGUUAAGUUCUUAGUUCAGAAUUGGCAUACUGCCACUUCUGUCCAUAUUUUAUCUGCCAAAGCAAGUCUCAUGGCCAAACCCAACUUUAACGGGGCAAGCAUGGACACUUCUUCCAUGGAGGUGAUGGUGGAGGAGGAAAUAUGUGCUGAACAGUGAUCCAAUCUACAUUCCCCAGGAUUACCCAGCUAGGCAAAUUUAGGUGGCUCUGAGAUUGGGACCACACAGUUGGGAUCCACAGUUAAAAGUCCUCACCACCCUCAUAUACUGUACGUUGAUUACAUUUUAUGCUAAUUCAUAGGCACUCACACACACCAUCUCUCUAUGCAUUAGCCAUUCUGGUAGCUACCCAUCCACACUAACACACACACACCACACUCAUAACCCACUGUGCCCUCACUGAAUUCUAAUAUUUAUUCUCUGGGUGCUAUUCUGCCUAGAGACAAUCAUUUGGCUUUUUGAUAAAUGCUAGAGUUUGAGAUGAUGCUCAAGAGAACACUGCUCAUUUGAUUUCAGAAUAUCAGACUGGAGGGAUCCAACAGACCUCAUUAUACCCUGUGCUGUCUGGCACCUUCACCUCUGCCCCCAUACAGCAGACUU